CCCUCCUCGUUUUUCUUUUUUUGCUUUUUCCUUCUGCCAUCCACCUUGACGAGCUCCUCCUGAUGACAGAAAUGUGCUGGCCAGUGGACCCCUGCCCAGUUUGUUUGUGUUCCAUGCAUCGGUGCUAACUUGUGCAUAUGUUAAUUAACUCACUGCUCACCCAGUGUGAUGGAAUCUUUUCUUUGCCGCCCCCAAUGCUUGGAGCUUUUGCUCGGCUCGGGCCGGCCUCUAGUGCGUUUCAAUGCGGAUGCAGUUUGUUCUGCCAAGCCAAACGGCGAAACUCGCAACGUCUUCCACGCAGCAGUAGACGUCUUCAAUUGUUGUUAGGCUACAUGGAAAACCAAGCACAAGCCCGGCAAACACUGACCCAGUCCAAUGACUGGCACUGGCCGGCGGCUUGCAGAACGCCCCAAACAACACAUAUCCCGACCGCCAUCGCCUCCCUGGUGCAGCCAUGCAUGAGGCGUUCCGUUCCUUCAUCCUUGUGGUUGGCCUUGCUGCAGCUUCCAAGUCCCCCGGUUCCUAACGCUGUGCCGGUCCGCUGUCCUGGUAUUUGAGCCCACCAUCUUUCAAGCCAUGCAUGAUUGCCUUGCAGAUGGUGUUGCCGUCUCCACGGACAACUCCCUCCGAAACAACCAGCUUGGUUUUAUAGCUGACAGCAUCCAUAAUUGGGGCCAUGUAUAUUACGAGUCCAGAAUAUGGGUCUUGACUGCCCGCUAGUGCAUCUCUAAAUCACCGAAUUAGCUGCGAAUUUGACACGGCACAGACAUUCAUUCACAGUUCAUCUCAUCUUGGCUAAAAGGAACAAACGAAAGCGAACGGGAUUGCCGGUGAAAACACAGCCAGGGUGUUUCAGCCAGCAGAAUCGAUGCUCGGGAGAUCAUGCUCCCUGUGUUCGGCGGAUCUUUUACGCCACCUGGCUCGUAACGACUGAAUGGUGACAGGUCGACUUACGCAUUUACGAAGCCACCACAAGGGGCCGUUGCAACAGACCGUUUGGACUCGUGGUGGUGAAGAUGAUUCCAUGGCGGGGUUUGUCCGCCGGCUGAAUGCCCAGCCUGGAACAAAUGUUGAGGAUCCAUGCAAGGGUGACAGACCACCCCGAAAACGCCUUUUGGUGUGGGACAUUCACAACAGUUUCUCAGCACAAAAUCGAGCUUGCCGUUGCCAAAUACAUACUCGGGCGGGCCGCUGUGGCCUGGAUCACCAACUCCCACCGUCGGAAUCUAUCAUGUCUGUCAUCUGUCAACGCCAUGUCCCGACCAUUGAGCAUUUGACUUCACCCAGACUGCUUACCCAAGCUGGGUGUCGCGUGUUGCGCACCUGGUUCGGCGGCCGCACGCCCUGGUCCUGCGUCCGAGCUGUAACCAGAGGUGGUGUGCAGCAUUGACUUAGUGGUGUAUCGAUACUUUCUUUACACGGAGCCUCGCUUCCGAUUACUGUACUAGUCGAGCCACAAUAAUACUAGACUGUAAUCUGGUGGAACUCCUUCGAGGGCCAGCCGUUGGAACAAGACCCGGCAGUUUGGGCACGCAAAGAGCCGGAGCCUGCGAGAUCGAGACGGAAGCUAGUGGGACGAGCCGCCGUCCUGCAGCUGCAGCUCAAUAUGGCCUGUUCAUUGCGGCCGAGUGGUAUGAGUUCUGCAGACAGGACGCAAGCCAGUGCAGGAUGAGUCUUGUUUGGUUAACCGCAAUGUAUAUCGCAAUGUAUAUCGCAAUCUUAAAUUGCACCAGUUGCCUCGAAACGCAUGCAGCAACCAGUUGGAGAAAAGAAGAGGCCUUUUGUGUUUUCUAGGUAGCAUAUGUUUUUUUGUUUCGCGCACGCUCUUCUAGGCAUUCACGGGAAUAAUGCAGGUUUUAUGGAACUCCUAAUCAACUUUCCUUGGAUGGAUGUCACGAUUUGGAGCUCGCGAUAGUGUUGUUGACAUCGUAUAGCGGGCGUAGUGUUUCUGCCCACUAACACUUAGUUAACGUACACUAACUAACCACGCUAACUGUACGUAGAGGGCCCGGCUCAUUCUCGGUACAAACUGCCUCUAAAAAAGGUGGAGCGUGACGAGAUGACUCCAACACGCUAUAGACGCGGCCGUUUUGCUAUCCAUCACAACAGUCAUUUAUCAACAUCAACGAAUAUCGCUACCGAAUUCUGCUCGUAAAAUCAACGCUCGCUCGCUUCCAACUGAAACCCAUUCGACUGUGCAUAGGUCUUUAAGCACAGUCUAUUCUUUCGUUUUCAACAUAACUUUGCCUCAGCCUUAUGCAAUCAGAGCCCCUGGAGAGUGACCAACAGCCCGCGCAUCUACCAAACACUUCUAUUCCCUCUUCUCCCUUCGAACAUGGCUACCAGCACCAUGACUCUGAAGACUCUCCAAGAGCUCCCUCAGAAUGCUCCGAUGAUGUCCGCGGCGAUGCUAUCGCCAACGAUGCCGCUGACCUCGCCCGGCUUCUACAUGGCCUGAGUCUGCGUGCCGCCAACGGCGACCACCCUUUUGUCCACGGCCAGAGAAUCUCGGAAUAUGAAAAUUCAAGCCUCAGCAACACGCCCAAGAAGGCACUAGGCUUCCGCCUAGUCAAGAGUGCAACUUCCGAUGGAAAUGGGCCGCAUGUCCUCGACUUUCCCAACGAGGUGCUCACGCAUAUCUUCUCGUACCUGCAUGCCGACUCACAGCGGAACGUCGGCCUAGUCUCGAAGCGAUUCUAUAGCAUAACUACGUCCCAGCAUCUCUGGCGCAUGGCGUUCUUUCGCUACUUUCCCGGACACCAGGCACUACAGGACCACUUCACCCGUAAUACAAAGGAUACUUCUCUUGCACCAUCUACAGAGCUUGUCCUUUCUGAAGCGCGCUACUUCAGCAGACUGACAGCCCUCGCAACUUGGCGAAGCGAGUACCUGUUCCGUACAACACUGCUGAGCAGCCUUGCUCGUGGCAAGCCCAGCAAGUCAAAGUCGGGUGGUAUUGACUCUCCCAUUCGAGCGGGGUCAGCAGACAAGAAGUCGACUGCAGUACUUACAUACAACUCCCGACUUCCAUGGACUGUCACUUGCAUCGAUGCCAUCUUUGACAAUGGUAACAAGGGGCCCCGCGCCAUUCACGGCGCUAGCAUGUUUGGUGUGGCUACCAUGAGCGACCCAACCAAUGGCAAAGUCAGUAAAUGGGGCUUCGAAGAGACCAACCUUGAUCUAGAUGCACGGGCAACAGAAGCUACCCAUAAUUACCACGGCCUUGGACUCGGGCCGGCUGCGACUGACAAUGUCAUGGAUGUCAGCCAAGCAUACGGCAUGCUUGCUGGCCAGGCCAUCCCUGGUGGUAAAGCAUUUUAUCGUGCCCCUCUGGACAGUGCCCGCAUUACCCUUGAGUCCAAUGAUGGUAUCCCUGUUGGACAAGCAGACGUUCCCUAUGUACCAUCGCUCCUGGAAGGUAUCUCUAGCGUCUGGAUCGCCAAAUCGCCUGCCUUGCCCACCAUUUCCAAUUCUAUGGUUGGGAUGUUCACUGGGUCAACCUUGGGAAUUGUUACUGCCUACGCAAUCAACACGGAUCCCAAGUUUCGUCAAGCUUACAUGACUGUGCGCUGGGCUGUAAGCCCUGGUGUCCCGAUCAUCUCCAUCAAGGUCGAUGACAACUACAGCAUAAAGCGAAAAGCCUCUAAUCGAGUAUGGGCCGUAGCGCUGAACGCUCUUGGCGAGGUUUAUUACUUGACCCAGCUUCCUGUCGCCCUACCUACACAAGCCGCCACCGGCAAUGCUUCCAUUGAUGCAUGGAAGGUGGGCUACGAGGCACCUUGGAAGUUGCUUCAAGAAACUCGCCGUACCGCAAUAGUCGAUGAGAUCGGCCAGCCGUCGUCUCUUUCCACUACAGAGGUACAAAAAGCCCUGGGUCUUACCAAUGAUGGCGUUGACAAUUCCGGCGACAGCGUGCCCGACGUCAACAUCGUCAAUGAAUUGUUACGAUGCCAACCCAGCUAUUUCAGGCAGACAUGCCAGCACUGGGACAUGCGCCGCCGUCUAGAGGUAGAUUUCGCCGCUGAUGACGGUCAAGAGGCUGGUGAGUACAUUUUCGUUUUCGACUGUGGCCAUGGGAAACCUACUGGAAUCACUCGAUUCACGAGAAGUGUCAAGGUCGUUGAGGCUGAACAACCUGAACCAAUUCUUCGGUCGUCCAUUUUCGGUGGAACUGCCACUGUCCAACACGCCGCUAUUUCUAACUUGCCCAACAUCAUUGAUCAGCAUCACUGGGUCUCUCAGCCACUAGGUUUUAAUAAUCUUGCCAAAAUUAUUCUUUCAUCAUCAGCGCUUGAUAACUCUACACCUUCACUCUAUACCAUGGCAGAAGACCCUCUCUGCACCCCCCCGGAAGGAGAAAAGGUAGAUGCUAAUGAUGAAUUCAUGCAAAAGCGAAUCCCAGGAAGGCGGGCUCGCUACCUUGUCGUUGGAACCGAGUGUGGUGCAGUGCUGGCUUGGAAUAGCAGAGCACGCCAGAACGAUGAACCUAUCAGCCCAAUCCGGGUUAUUCAGACGUCAUCCCCCGCAAUUCAAUGCGUAGCUGCUUCGUCUCUCUACAUUGUUCAUGGCGGCAGCGAUGGACUGGUCCAAGCAUGGGAUCCUCUCGCUUCCAUGUCUGACGCAGUGCGGACUCUGAAUAGCAAAUCGACGGGCCCAAUCCAUCGACGCCUACGCCAUCUCCCUGCCCUUGAAGCUGGGUUCGACUGCGGUACGCAAGCAGGCGCCAUUUUCAUGGACCCAGAUGCCACAAACCUCCGCGGUAUCGUCGCAUUUGGAUGGCUCCUCAAGUGUUGGUCAUACAGCGCUCAGAAUCCUAACAAGGGUCGCAAGCGGCGCACAAGACACGGUGAUGCCCAUGCCCGCUUGGCAAGCAGGCGACAAGCCAAUCAUGUCUCGGACUUCAUUGCCGAGGAAGAAAAGGAGAUGAUUCGAUCCAACGAGGAGCGUAGACGUGAAAUGUCGCGCAUGCAGGCACGCUUUGGUGCAUUUGGGGACUUGACCGAGCAGGAAGCGCUCGAGUAUGCCCAAAUUCUGUCGAGCGAGUCAUAUGCUGCUGACGAGCAGAGACGAGCCAGCGACUCGGGCGCAGAUACAGGAGCAGACCUAGACACGGCUUCUUCCUUCAGCGAUGUCACGCCUGAACCAAGCAUCAUUGAGCAAAAAUCCCCCGUCUCCAUGUUAACUACCGACGGCGAGGACGAGUAUGAUGAGCAUCUACAGCAGGCGUUGCGGCUCUCGCUUAUGGAAACCGUAGAAGCGUCGCCUUCGGCCCGCAGCCAAGGUACCGAUGACUUUGACUUUGUCGUCAAGUACAAGCCCAAGGGCGGACGCAAGACCAAAACACCCCGCUCCGGUCCCCAAUCGCCCAGCGGUCGCAUCAUGGGCAAUGCCUCGCUGCGCCCCGGUGUGUCCACGUACCAAUUGACAGCUGACGAUGACCUUGCAUUUGCCAUUAGCCUGAGUCUGCAGGACCAAGAGGGCCUUGCGCCGUUGUCGAGCUCACUCAAGUCGGAAGACGAGUUCCCGGCCCUGAACCACGACCUCUCUGGUAAGGGGAAGGCCCCAAUGAGGUAAUACGAUCGUACGUAAUGCCGUUGGAUCGUGGUGUGAGUGGCGGGUGAGACGGUGCCACUGGCUAUUUAUUUUCUUUCAUUCGCGCUUGGCAGAUGUAGCGAACAUUUUGUCUUGUUUCUAGCAUCGUGUCCUUUUUUUUAGACAUGGUGCAGAGUUUUCAAGCCUGCGGUGCAACCGCUGUUUUAAUAUGAAUUUUUGUUGAUUGACAGUCAGUGUCACAAUCACGGCGUCUAUGAAUGUUAGCCCGUAGAAAGCCGCAGCGAAGUGAAAUAAUCAUGUGUAGUAUAAUCAAAAAAUUCUUUUGAAUUAAGGUAUUGUGGAAAUGGCUGUCAGAAAAUAAAAAUAAACAACAAAAUGCACCCCAAAGAGCCAAAAACUAUCUAACAAAAAUAUGGCGUCGUUCGCGGAUCAUAUACAGGAAGAGCCCUCUCUCAAUCCAAAAAAGGGUCGUCGUCGGCGGCGUCUAGUUAAUAGCUGAGAAAAUAGACAUAAAAGUAAUCCCGUGAUAAAAAGGAUUUUGAGAAGAAUGAAGAAAAAACAAUGAACAAAGACGCGUUCCUUCUCCCAAAAGGUAAAAACGAGAGACCAGAUCCUGCUGAACCCCAAAACUCCAGAUUAGAGAGGCCAAAAGAGAAGCAGGCCUCGUCAUUACAUGAGAACCAAAACGCCAAUCGCUAUGCAAAUACAAAUCGUAUGAGAGCGCAGGUUGGGCUGUGUAGAGCCCGCUCCGUUCUCUUCAUUAGUGAGCGUAGACAAAGGCUUGCCUGUCGAUGAUAUAGUCGUCACGACAGGGUCGUCAAAGGGGACGCUCAGAGUCAUACUGGCCAUGACAACGCCGGCUGGGCCAAGCGUAAUCAUUUCGUUGCCAGCGCUAAUAGUGCUUUCGCCAGUGCCGGGGCCAACGGCAUAUGUUGCGCCGUUGAUAACCACCAUGGAUGGCGGGAUUUUUCCAAUGGUGGCGCCGCCGACAAUUUCGUAGCGAGUGUCGGUGGCCUUGGCGGAUGGGCCACCCAGAGUGUGGCCGUGGACGACAAUGCCCGUGGGUUCCACGGAAACGGUGUCGCCAUUAAUAACUGUAAUCUGCUCAGGAGAACCUGGGCCGUAUGUAAUGGUGGUUGAGUGAAGCACGAGGAUGUUGCUGCCAAUGGCUGUCAGCAUCUCGCCGCCAGUGACCACCAUUGCGGUGGGCUUUGCAAAGUCUAGACUUUGGUCGCCAACCAGCACGCCGCUGGGGUUGAUGACGACGGCCUUGCCAUCGACGAUGGUUGAGCUGGGGCCAGGAGGCUUGGUUAAUGUGUGGCCGUCGAUAAUAACGUUGCCUCCGGACUCGGUAACAGGCAGUCCGCCCAGAGUUGUGCGGACGGGCACAGGCACCGGACGGCGUACGGUCUCUCCGGCACCAAUGACGGAGCUAGGGUUGAUGGUAAAGGUUCCGUGCUCAACGAUAACAGUGGUGGUUUCGCCCGGCCCAGCAGUAAAUGUAUCGUGGUUGAUAGUGACGGCAGUGGCUCCAGCGGUAAUGGUGUAGUAUGACGGUUGCACAACGCCAUCGGGCUCGUUGGGCUUGUUUCCGCUACCGUUGGGCUUUCCAGUUGGUCGAGUACCGCCAAGAGGAGAGCUCACCUUGUCCCACGGCUGCGAAUAGUCUGCUGGAGGAUCUGUGGUAUACACCACAGCCGGGUUCUUUUCCGACGUGAUCAGAGUUUGAGAGGUGAGAAAAGCAGGCGAUGGGACGGCAUUUGGUGUCUUGGCGGGAAGUGUAGUAGUCUUAGUCUGGCCAUUUGUGCUGUAAACAACUACCAAGGAGUUAUCACUGUGGUAUGUGGUGGCGUCAGCGCCAAAUGCAGAAUAUGUCGCGCCGCCCGAUUCGACAUUGUUAGCGGCACAGUAAGUUGGAAUAUGAAUAGGCUCAUAUGGAGGUGUAUAAUCAGAUCUGUUACCCGUGAAAGUAACUGUUGACGGAUAUAUAAUCGAGUAUUCAAUCACAGUACCGGACACCGGUUGAAUGCAAGGCGGUGCUGUGGUGUUGUGAGGAGGGUGGCCAUGAGGACGUGUCUUUGUUGGAGGCGUGUCCGAUACAGGCAUGUCUGGGGGGAAAGAUGGAGGAGUAGCGCAAGCAGUACCGUUGUACAUGCAUAGAGGAGACUCCUUUGGAGCGGUGCUAGGCCCUGUAGGCUUGAGGAUGUUAAACGACGGUCGGCCAUGUGUGCCGUUGCUGUUGCUGUUGCUAUUGCCGGUAUGGUUGGCCGCCAAAGUUGGAACAGACAGACGAGGCGGGCCUCCUUUGUUUGUUGGCGAACUUGAUACCAGUGUGUCGAAAGUAGUGGGCUUUGAGAGCGGAGUUGAGAUGGAUAGAUUUGCCGGUUGCACUGUUGAGAAGGGCUCUAUUGAGUAAGAAGGUGCCGAGGAGGACUUUGCGAUGACAAUCUCUAGAGGCGUAGAUGAAGGUCUUGUUUCGUUGGAUUUACUGUAGAGCGGUAUUAUACCGGUGUAAUUAUUAUCUGUAGCAGAACGAGUCAGCAUUUCGGAACCUGUAAAACCGCGGUCGGCAG